UAUUAUACCUGUACGAUAUUAGAUUUUAUGAUGAAUAUCAAGAUUAUUCUUUUACUUAGUCUUGCAGCGUGUGCUUCGUGUGACAAAACUGUAUCUUCGACAAAUGCUGCCACCUCUAUUAAUCUAGGCCGGCAUCAAGUUUUAAGUUCUGCUGACCCUAGAGCUUCAAAUUCAGCUGAUCCUAAAGAGAAAACCGAAGCUGAGAUUAUAGAAGAUGUGUUCAUGGAUUGUAGAAAAUUGGUCAGCAUCUCUUACAAUUUCAUAGUUGAUACUAUUCGAGUGUAUGACUUUUGCGAUUACAUGAGUGACAACGAUACAGAUUUUGCUAUCGCACACAAGAACUGCAAGAUCCCUCGACAAGCAUCGACAAAUUAUAACAUAGAUUUAAAAAGGUUUGGGGAACAUUUCAAACACCAUUGCAGAAAGUUAAAAAUAUCCAUUAGCGAAUGCGCUAAACAGAGGAAAGACGCUGCCAUAAAAAAGACAAAAAAAAGAGUGGCCGAAUGGGAAAGGACAAGACUGGGAUCGAAAUAUUAAGCUGAAUAUAAUAUAAUUUGUUUGAAAAAUGUUUAAAAAUACCUUAAA